AUUGACAGCGCCACUAUCGUUCCAGCCACCGAGAUCAAGCAGGCCUUGUUGUUCGAGGCGAAUGUCAGCACCAAGGAACCGAUCAUUAAGCUCCAGAUUCGCUCGGCCAACACGAUCUGCCUCAUGAAUGGGUUCGACACCGAGCUCAGCCUGACGCCGAAUGACCAGAUUGGCGGUUUCGGCCCUGGCAGUUUCAAGCUGAUCAAGCAGGAUGCCGAUGCGCCGCUGAACAGCUGGGAGUUCAAGUUGGAGAGCGACGAAGAUAUGAUCGUCCUCAAUAACAUCGUGACCACACUGGGCAAGGCGAUGGCCAACCAGUGGAAAACUAAGCCCGAGGCGAAGUGCGCGUACCACAACAUCGUGCGCAACCCAGAGGAUCCCCGCAAAUUCACCCUGACUCUGACGCACCGCGUGUCAUUCGUGCUGGGGGAGGCCCCCGAGAAGCUCAACAACGGCAGCAUCUGCUUGAAGACCCCGUUCGCCAAGUGGGCCGAGAGCCCCCACAUCAGG